AUGGACGAGCAUUCAUCACUUAUAGUGGGAUUAAGAAAAGUUAAGAUCUUCAAGGAGUACGUCUCGAUUAAAAGAUGCAAAAGAGCCUUCAGCGAGGAUGAUAAUGAAAUUAGCGAAAGCAGGAGUGAAGAAGGUGACUAUUCCAAUUCCAAUUCCAAUGUUGUUGACUCUGAAUCAGGCGAUGAUUCCGAUAAGAGUGAGCGUUGCUCACCGGAAAACGACCUGACCACUUCGAGUUCUGAACAGAGUAUAACUCUGAUUCCGAAACGCAACAUCUUACCAUGGAAGAAGAGGAAAUUAAAUUUCAAAUCACCACCGAAGGGCGAACCGUUGUUAAAGAAAGAUUACGGUGAAGAAGGUGGAGAUGAUAUUGACUUUGACUGGCGGCAACUCAGCUCCGAUGAGUCUCUAGUUAACUUACCUCAGGUAAUUCUUCCGACUUCUGAGUUUGGGGACGACAGUUUUGCAAUCGGGAAUUGGGAGCAGAGGGAGAUAAUCUUCGGCUUCGAUGUGUUGACAAAUAUUUUGGGACUUGCUUUCUGCAUUCAGAUUUGA